ACCAGAAACGUCGCCUAUCCAUGUUCUCCAGAGAUGCUGCCUGGCCCGCUGAGUUACUCCAGCACUUUGUGUUUCGCUCAGGGAGCGCCAGACUCCAUCCCCUCCCCGGACCAAGAGACUUUCAGCACUUUGUAGAUCGGCGGGGAUUGUGAGACAUCGCACCUCGGGGGGGAGACUCGGCUCGGAGAGAGGGGAGAGUGCAGUCCUCUGUCUGAUCCGGCACAGGAGGCUGGCUGCUGGCUGCAAGCAAUGAGCGGCACCUUUACCAUCGCCCUGCUCGGUUGCCCCGGGGUGGGUAAGACAGCCAUCAUCCGCCAGUUUCUCUUCAACGAUUUCAGCCCAAUCUACAGCCCGACCAGAAGCAGGCAGGUCCACAGAGCCUCGGUCAUGCUGGACGGCGGCAUUUACGACUUGAAAAUCGUGGACGUCCCGCACAUCCCAACGUUCCCGACCACCGGCGCCCAGGAGUGGACUGACUCGAGGUGCAGGGGGAUUAGGAAUGCAAACGCGUACGUCCUUGUGUACGACAUCUGCUGCCUGGAUAGUUUUGAUUAUGUGAAAAUGAUACGGCAGCAAAUUGCAGAAGUCAGGAGGCCAAACACAAGGCAAGCGCCAAUCAUCGUGGUUGGAAACAAGAGAGACCUCCAGAAGCAUCGGUUCACCCCGCGCCGGAGUACCAGUGACCUGGUGAAGAGGAUGUGGCGAUGUGGCUACAUCGAAUGUUCUGCCCGGUACAACUGGCACCUUUUACUACUGUUUAAAGAACUCCUGAACUGCAGCGUGAAUCCACGCUACAAACAAGGCCACCCCUCUAUCCGCAUCCAAGGGGCACUGCAGAGGAACAGAUGCAACGUGAUGUGACACUGUCCAGUUUCAUGCAUUAAAUCAGCAUGGUCUUUUUUUUAGUUUUCCUAAAAUGAGUUAAUUAUAAGGUAAAAAUAGAAAAUUGUAGAAUAAAAUAUUUUUCUUAAA